AUGGAAUCUAAUGUUAGAGCGAUUCUAGAUCUAUUGUCGUCUACGAAGGUGAAGGAGAGGUCACAGGCGUUUGAUGAGUUGACAGCCAUAAUAAAAGAGAACCCCACGUCUUUAAGCAACAAAGCCAUAAGCGAGGUUAUACAUGUAUUGAUAGGUUCCCUGCAUAAUGAACGGACCAAGUAUGAGCAAUUAUGCUCUAAGCAUCACGAGCAGUCGUCAAAACUGUCAGCAGUCGAGACACGGCUGAACGCAGUAGCAUGUUUACUGCGUCUUCUAAUUGAGAAUACGUGCCACCGGGUGAAGCGUAAACAAAUAAAAACAAUUUUGGAUGAGAUCCCUAUAUUGUUAGUUCAUACAGGAACUAAGAAGUUAAUACAACCUGUUUCACAGCCGCUUACGGCUGUUCUACGGUUAGUGUGCGAGUCAGACCCCUUCGUUUUGAAGUUCGAGGUCGAUCAGUGGAAGUUAUUAACUCGGAACAUAAGCGGUUACAUUAUUCAACAUCUAGAUCUUCUACCGAAUGAUAAAGCUAUUACAAAUCUUACUGAAGCGCUUGUAGCGCUUAUACAGAUCGACACCAUUGGGUUCAAAGAUAUGUGUGCAGAGACCGUCAAAGUGCCGCUAAAAUACUUCGAUGUGGUGGAUAAAGAGACUACUAAAACCCGUUAUAUGCUACAGCUUUGUAACUUAUUGAUCCAGAAGGGCCACCUUGUGCAAUUUCGGGCAGUCAGCUAUUUAAUUGAAAGGGUUAUAAAGCACCUUUUGGCAUUCACUUUUCCGUCUGGAGACUCCAUACAUGAAGAGAUCUCAGUAUUUACGAUUUUUGCUUCAGAGUUGAUAUAUCACAAUGUACCAUUAAAAGUGGGGGAUCUAGAGACCAGAAGAAUUACCGAUGAUAGUUCUCGUAAACAGCUCUUUCAGCAGUUUCUUCGGCAUCAAUUAGAUAGUUAUCGGUCUAAUAAGCUGUCUUUAAAGGAUAUUGAAUAUAGAGAUCUGGAAGAUAAAAUACUGUGGUACCAACUUGAUGACUUCCAGCUUUCAGCAUCUGGUACUAGACUUGAAUGGUUGCAUUUGUUUGGGACAUCUAAAUUCCUUAUUUCAUACUACCGGCUUCUUGCUAAUAGUUCUCCAAGUAGAAGUGAUAUGCGGGAAAUAAAAAGGAGAAAAAUUGCAGAUUCAUUUGAGAACAUUUUAUUAGACUCGUCUAAUAUCGCUGCCUUCGUUACUAACUGUAUCAGUAGCGAUAAUGGCCAUAUUCAGCUAACAGGCCUUCAACUAGCUGCGGUCGUCACUGCUUUGCACGAUUUUCCAUACCAUGAGUUGCUCGAGUUAAAGGAAACAAUAAUUAAUAAUUUUAGUAAAAUCAGCAUUAUAGGAUGGUGUUGCCUUGCUAUGAUUCCGAUGCUUUCUCAAAAGGAUGUCAGUUUUAGCAUUGAUGAGGUUUUGACCCUUAUCAAGUUGGCCUUACCAUUGAUCAAAUCGGUAGACACAUGUUCAGUUGGAUGUAUUCUUUUGGCAAGGCUAUUAAAAUACGAGGAUAGAAAAUUUACAAACAAAGCUUUGCUGCAGCAGAUACAUGAUGUUUACGAACUAUCAACCUUAAUUGGGCCUAAUGUAAUGUCCAAUGAAUCCUAUCUAUUUUGGCAAUAUAUCUAUUACUAUGGUAUCAGUUUCAAAGGUCGUACUGGUAACUCUGGUGUAGAUUGCAUAAUCUCAUGGAUAGUGUCCAAAUGGGACCAACUGUCCCCAGCAAACAGUUCUCAAGACUCGUUUCCAGAAUUCAUUAGCUGGUUAGCUGGUUGCCCUCCCAGUGAAUAUUCUCUUAGACCAAAGCAAUUCCCAUCAGUUUCAAAAUAUUACUUUGAAUGGAAUUAUUUCGCUUGCGAAAGGCAGUAUUUGCUAAAUGUAUUGCCUCUUGCAAAGGUCGGUAGGAGCUCAUCCAGAAGUAUUCCAUUGGCUAAAGUUACCGAUGGUCAACUCUCAGAUGUUUUCUACAAAAUUCAGCAUCAAAUAGAAAAUUCUUCAGAUGUUGGCGACAAAUAUGGUUGGAUUUGUUUUGCUGUAUUAAUUAUUGAAAAUAUUAAAGGUUCAAGUCACCUCGCUGAGCAUCUAAAGGACUUCAAAAGCACAAUUGCAGUGGCAGUAUCGAGUUUAGACAUACAGAAUAUGAAGGAUCUCUCAUGUGUUAUAAAUAUGACAUAUGAGUUUACAACUUGCCCAGCAAUAAAAUUUGCGCUGAAUAACUUUGAUAUCUACAAAUUAUUGAACUUAUACACUGAACUUCAACCGCAGGAAUUCCUAGUAGGUUCAAUUAAUGAUGACUUUCUAAACUCCAAGAAAGCGAAUAGAAUGGUUUAUCCCAGUAAUCAUUUGCAUGGGUUUAAUGACACAUUUCAGAUAUGUCAAGUGGUGAAAUUCAUUAUUACUGUAAUUGAUCCUCAUGCAGAUGGCGCUUAUUUUAAUGAAGUUAUAGAUUUUUAUGAAAUGGUAAUGAGAAGAUCAUCAAUCGACACGGUAUUUCAGUCGUCAUUAACUCUUAUUUCCUACUUGAAAAUAGUCAACCGUUCAAAUAUUCAGUCAGCCAAGCUAAUCUCGCUGACCGAAUUUAUAGGGUCUACAUUUCUUAAUGCUGAUUUUAAUACAUCCACUAUAUCAAUGACUUAUUUGGCUCUGUAUUUAGAAUCAAUAUCUGAUAUUUGGACAGAUAAAAACAAGGAAUCAUCUUUAAAUGCAGAUUGUAAUGAUAUCCUAGAUUGGUUAUAUUCCAGGCUUCAGGAUGUUUCCUUUAGCGGUUGUGAAGCAAUACUAGCCAUUACUAAUUUAACUCUUCAACUGUUAAAAGGAAAUCAUUCUAAAGGUGUACUCAAUUGCGGAAAGCAGGAUCUAUUUCAUAUUCUAACGACUUGUUUGGGUAAAAUUCCCCUGUUUUAUUUAGGUAAAGUGGUGGAAAAGCUUAAGACGUACAUUAUUAAGCUUGGGUUGCGAAAUCAAAACAUCAUAUUUACAGAGAUCAUGGGUCUUUUUGAUACACCACAGGAAAAUGGAGAAACAGCUGCAUUUUAUUCUCUGGUAUUAGCCAAUUUGGGCUCAAUUUCCCAUAUGCAUUUGUCUAAUGCUAUCACUCAUCUACUUCCUCAUCUUGUUUAUGACGUUGUUAAUCACUACGCCGAUUCUUUUAUGGAGAUAGUAAUAAGAGCUCACAAGUUAAACAACUCCCAAGAAUUAUUUCAUGUUUGUCGGUUCGAUAUUCUUAAUAAUUGGUGCAUAAAUUCUGCUGGACAGAAUGGAUUUAUGACUAAUAUAUGGAAUUUUGGAUUAUUCAAGUUCAAAGAUAUGGAAUAUUUUGUCAGUUUGUAUAGGGAUGAGCUCAUGGCCUUCUACUUUUCAAAGAUAUCGCCUUAUAACUACCUGCGAACUUUGCUGGGGUUUUCAGAUGGUAAGGUGCCGCCUUUACUUGAGCGUUCUCUAAGAUACGCCAUCCCACUCGCGUAUAUGGAAGGCGGGAUUGGUGACUCUAUAUUUGAUAUAUGUGCUGAUCAGUGGUCACAAAGUAAGACCAUUAACAUAAUAAGGUCUCAAAAUAUUUUAAUUUUUGAUGAACUUCUACAAUUUUGUGAUACUUGUGAGUUUGAGAAUGUCUUAAAGUCUUUAAAAAAGGUAUUUCCAAAUUCCAGAGCGCUUUAUAAAAUGGAAAAUUAUUAUCCUAAGCUUCGACCAAGAUUUCAACCUCAUUGUUCAAUAACAAGCAUUUUAAGAGUAGCUAAGACAAGGUUGUCUAUGGAUAAUUAUAGUAAACACGAAUUGAGGUUUUUAUUGACCAAAAAUCUUCUUAAUUUGCAAAACUCGACCAUAUUAGAUGAUACUUGUCACAUACUAAGAAAAAUUACAAUAAUAUUAGUGCUAUUUGAAUCCGAACUAAGCCAUUGCCCUCAUGUAAAUGAAGUGUUGACUGUUAUAACAGACUAUUUAGAUGCGGAAUGCUUCUCAGAUGAAAUAUUUCUAAUUAUUGGAUCAUUUAUCGACUAUUCACCCGAAAUAGAAUCCAUUGAGCAUAUUUUGGUUGCUGUAUUUGCAAAGCUCUUGUCUCAACCAAAUAUCCGUGAAGGUUUAGGAUAUUCGAAUUUUAUGGACGAUAUUAAAACCAUACUAUCGGUAUAUUCUGAAAAAAUGAUGUACAGUAAAUGGUGGAGUAUUUGCAUUGAAAUUUUAACCAAUUCUGGGGGAAAUAUAAAUCUAGAUCUUUAUCUGGAUGACUCUCUUUUGGAUACGAAGGAUUUUAAAAUUCGGAACAUCAAACUAUUUUCUGAAAUAUUAUCGUUUCUGCCUGACUUCCGUUGUUUUCCUAAUGAUUUUAAAACUAAAGAGACGGUUGUGAAGAACUUAAUAAAAAAUGCGUCAAUUGAUAACUCAUUGAGUGCCAACUUCUUACUGUGGAAAGGUCAUUAUAUCGGUUGUUGUCAACAAAAUGAUUACAUAAGUUUAGGACGCUAUUCUAGUGACAGUGCUACUGAGAUUUGUACCGCCACAUACAUAAAAUGUUACGGAACUAUUGAUAACAUUUUUACUGUGAUAAUGAACUUGCAGUCUUCUGGAAAUCCGAUGCAAAAAUAUGUGACAGAAUGUAUUUUAUCGACAUUUCUCUAUAAUAAAGACAGUUUGGUAAAUUUCCUCACAGACCCAUCGCCAAUCUAUAAAAACCUAUCAUCAGAAUUCUUACCAUUGACUCCAUUUGCUUUUUCGCUGCUUUUUGAUAUACCUAUUCCUAAGCACAAUUUAAACUCACUGACUAUAAUGGUAUUUUCGUCUGCAGUUCACAGUUAUGUUUCUUGGAUAUCUGAAAUUUGUGUCUUGUUACUCAAUCUUCUAGACAUUUAUUUGCCAGGAUUGAAGAUUGUCGGAGUUUUGAUCGAACAGAUCCCAACUUCUGCAGAACAGCUUAUUACACACUUAGUUUUAUUGAUAAUGUAUUGUGAUCCAAAGGUUGGAACUGAGCUACUAAGUCACUUCCUUUUAAACAUUAACUUGCUGAAUAAUAAGCUAGACUCAGAAUUGAAGAUAAAGUGUAUUCUGCGUCUGUUUCUUCUGGUGAGAUCUUUCCAUAGAAUGGGCUAUAAAGAAUUUCAAAACAUUUACUCUACUCUCAACCUUUGUGAUAUUUACAAGAUUGCAACUACUGUUGGUGAAUAUAAGACAGCCGUGUUAAUCUUUGAGGAAUUUCACAUUUCAAGUUCGAAUCAGCUUGACUUGGAUACGAUGAAGCAAAUCUAUACUCAAUUGAACGAUAUAGAUUUCAUUUAUGGAAUUCCUACUAUGGUCUCUUUGUCUUCGGCGAUAAAUUUAAUGCAUCAGACAAGUGCGCCUGCAUGGAGAGUAUUUGCAUUUAAUAAUGCUAUUUUUGAUUUAGAAUACAAAAAAGGCAAUAUAUCAAACGAAAAUCUGACUGAGUUAAUACAUUCUGCAUCAUCAAAUGGGUUUAAUGGACUGGCGUAUGCACUUCAAGGCAAUGCAUCUACAGAUGUUUCAAAAGAUGCAUAUUCCUGGUGUAUUAAUUUGAAUAAAUGGGAUCUACAAUUACCGGCAGGUCAUGAUUGUAGAGAAAAGUCGGUGUAUUCUGUUUUAAAACAGGUUGCUCAAAACCGUACCUCUUUGCAAGAAACUUUCAAUAAAUCUAUCUUGGAUAUUGUAGGUAAAACUACCUCUUCUGGGAAUAUAGAUGACUACAUAAAGUCACUAUCUGAUGUCAUAACGUUGCACAGGAUUUAUACAAAUAAUGAGGAUGAUCUAAUUGGUCUUAUACAUGCGCGUGACCGGAGGAUGUUGCAACAGGCCGAAUUUAGUGACUGCUCAUUAGACAUUAAGAUGAGGCAGGUAUUCUUGGUGCAGUUGAUCUCGAAAUAUGAUAAAGCACUUAUCGAUAGACGGCAAGUUUAUCUUCAAUUCCAAAAUAUAUGUGAGCUUGCACAUUUAAGUGAACUUGCACGUAAGGCUUCAGAUUUCCAAGAAUCUUUAACGGCCGUAUUAGCUUUGGAGAAUCAUGUGGAAAGUCUACCAGAAUUUUCCGACUUUAGAAAUUAUGAUCUAUUGAAGACGUUGGCUAAAAGACUAUCUCGUCUUCAAGCGGCCAAAGUUCUUUGGUUCCAAAAUGAAAAUUCAAUAUCAACUCUAAUGUUAAAGGAUCUAUUGCAGGUACCAAUAAACUCUGCAUCUCUUUCCCGCAUUCCUUUCCGCCAAUUGCGGGUUUCGGACUUGGAUAUUAAGGCCCAACUAGUGGAAUGGAUGUCAUGCUCCAGGCAAGAGGUUCCGGAGCGAAUAUUAGACGCUUAUAUUACAGAUUCUAAUGAUGAAUUAAAGAAACUUGAAGAUAGAGGAAAACAAUGUAGUAUUGUGCAUAUGUUUGGAGAAUUCUGUUGUACUCAAGCCAAGCAAUAUAGUUCUAGUGAUGAAAUGCAGAUAUUAGCAAAAAGGCUUAAUAAGAACAAGGAUGGUCUUAGCUCAUUGAGUCAGAUCUAUCAUAACAAAAAGCUUCCAGAACGUGAAAGGAAAGAAGCAAAGAGACACUAUGCUCGGUUAAUAACAAGAGAUGAGCAAGAAAGUGAAACUUAUGAACGUCUCAAAGCUCAAAAAGAACUAUUUGUUACAAACGCUUUACAUUUUUAUGCGCAGACAUUGCAACUUGGUGAUGAGUAUGAUGGCGAGGUGGUGGAUAAAUUUUGCGGUCUAUGGUUCGAAUAUGCUAAUGAUAACUCAGUCAAUGAGAAAAUCGCAAGCGAUAUCUCUCUUAUCCCCUCUUAUAAACUUUUGCCAUGGAUCAACCAAAUGGCUUCCAAACUAGCAAAUGAGAAGCUGCUUUUUCAAGAUACCUUGCAAACCACCAUGGCAAGGAUUCUAUACAAGCUUCCUUACGAAUCUUUAUACGCGUUGAUUGGAGUGACUUUAGAAACUGGUCAUGAUAGUUCAAGAGAUCCUGUUACUGCGUCCCGGAUAUCUGCAGCGGAAAGGGUACUAACAUUAGCUGGUAAAUUGGAUGAAGGUAAGUUCUAUUCGGACUAUAUCCACCCAAUUAAAGAAUUUUGCCAAAUGAGCUUAAAGUUGGCGCAUCAUGAAUUUGCAAAGAAUACAAGAAUGUUACAUUUGGAGAACCUCAAAGCUGGCAGCUACUGGUUGCAUACUUUGAUAUUAAGAAAACUGCCAUUGCCAACAGUUCAGGUUAAUAUAUCUUCGAGCCUCGAUGGAAGAAAAUCAAGACCAUAUAUAACGAAAGUUGAAUCCCGCGUCAACAUUUCCAGUUCUGGCCUAUCUAUGCCGAAAAUCGUGUCUCUAAUCAUGAGUGAUGGAAAGAAAUAUAAGAUACUGUUGAAGGCAGGUGACGACGAUCUCAGGCAGGAUGCAAUUAUGGAGCAAGUUUUUAAACAGGUGAAUAAGUUAUUACUUUCGAACAGAAAUACCCGCAAAUGUAAACUAAGGGUCAGGACUUAUGAAGUAAUUCCAUUGGGACCGCGUGCAGGUAUCAUUGAAUUUGCUCAAAAUUCCAGAUCGCUCCAUGAAGUCUUGACUGAGCUACAUAAGUAUGACAAACUAUCUUUCGAUCAGGCAAGAAAAGCUAUGAAGGCUGUCCAAGGCAAGACAAAACACGAACGACUUUCCGUUUAUCUGAAGAUAACCGAGAGUAUCAAGCCAAAGCUCAGUAAUUUCUUCUUCAAUAACUUCUUGAAUCCAGAGGAAUGGUUAAUUGCGAAGACAACAUAUACAAAGGGAGUAGUCACUACAUCCAUUGUGGGAUAUAUUCUAGGUUUGGGCGACAGGCACCUAAACAAUAUAUUGCUGGAUAAGUUCACUGGUGAGCCAAUUCAUAUUGAUUUGGGCGUCGCUUUUGAUCAAGGUAAGCUGCUUCCUAUACCGGAAUUGGUGCCUUUUCGACUAACUAGAGACAUAAUUGAUGGGUUUGGCGUGACAGGUGUUGAGGGAGUUUUCAGAAAAAACUGCGAGCGUGUUUACGGUGUACUGCGACAGGAGCACGAAAGAAUGAUGAGCGUUUUGAAUAUUUUAAAAUGGGAUCCACUUUAUAGCUGGAGAAUGACACCGUUACGUAAAAGACGGUUACAGAAUUACGCUAGUGGGGAAGACAGUGCCGCUAACUCGCUUGCACUAAACUUUUCAUAUGACAAUGAAAACGAUGAAUCGAUAAGAGCCUUGAAGGGUGUUCACGAUAAGCUAAAGGGUAAUAAUUUGAGUGUCGAAGCAACCGUACGAGAGCUUAUCCAGCACGCCACUGACGUUAAUAACUUGGCCAUUAUCUUCAUGGGAUGGUCACCAUUCUACUGA